GUGGACAUGGGUUUGUGCAGACGCACCAUACGUACUUAAAAAAAAAAAAAAAAAAGAGGCGCUGGCGAUUGAAUAACUAAGAAUCUGACGAGAUUAAGAGAUAUUUAAGACUGCAGAUUUAAUACAUUUCAGAAUUAUUUAACUAAAUAAAAAUUAGAUUAAUCGCAACGCCAAGAAGCAGACAAAAAGAAGAAUCGGCGUGUUGACAAAUCCGCGACAUCAGGAUGGAGUGGCAGCCGGACGAGCAGAGCCUCCAGCAGGUUCUCCUGCUGCUGAAGGACUCGCAGUCUCCAGACACGGCCACGCAGAGAGCGGUGCAGGAGAAAUUGGAGCAGCUCAAUCAGUUCCCUGACUUUAACAAUUACCUCAUCUUCGUCCUCACAAGUCUCAAGUCUGAAGACGAGCCAACUCGCUCCCUCAGCGGUUUGAUCCUGAAGAACAACGUGAAGGCUCACUAUCAGAGCUUCCCUCCGCCCGUGGCCGACUUCAUCAAACAGGAGUGUCUCAACAACAUCGGAGACCCCUCGCCCCUCAUCCGCGCCACCAUCGGUAUCCUGAUCACCACCAUAGCGUCUAAAGGCGAGCUCCAGACGUGGCCUGAGCUUCUGCCUCAGCUGUGUAACCUGCUCAACUCUGAGGACUACAACACCUGCGAGGGUUCGUUCGGUGCGUUACAGAAGAUCUGUGAGGACUCGUCCGAGCUGCUGGACAGCGACGCUCUGAAUCGUCCUCUUAAUAUCAUGAUCCCCAAAUUCCUGCAGUUCUUUAAACACUGCAGCCCCAAGAUCAGGUCUCAUGCCAUAGCGUGUGUGAAUCAGUUCAUCAUCGGCCGAGCUCAGGCUCUGAUGGAGAACAUCGACACGUUCAUAGAGUCGCUGUUUGUGCUGGCGGGUGACGAGGACUGCGAGGUGAGGAAGAACGUGUGCCGCGCGCUGGUGAUGCUGCUGGAGGUCCGUAUCGACCGUCUCAUCCCGCACAUGCACAGCAUCAUCCAGUACAUGCUGCAGCGCACGCAGGACCCCGAUGAGAACGUGGCUCUGGAGGCGUGUGAGUUCUGGCUCACUCUGGCUGAGCAGCCCAUCUGUAAAGAAGCUCUGUCGGGUCACCUGGUGCAACUUAUUCCUAUCCUGGUGAAUGGGAUGAAGUACUCAGAGAUCGACAUCAUUCUGCUGAAGGGUGAUGUGGAGGAGGACGACAACGUCCCAGACAGCGAGCAGGACAUAAAGCCGCGUUUCCACAAGUCUCGCACAGUCACUCUGCAACACGAAGGAGGGGAAGGACAGGAGGACGAGGACAUCGAUGAAGAUGAGGAUGAUGACGACGACACUCUGUCUGACUGGAACCUGCGUAAGUGUUCAGCAGCAGCACUGGAUGUUCUGGCGAACGUGUUCCGUGACGAGCUGCUGCCUCACCUGCUCCCCCUGCUGAAGGGGCUUCUGUUCCACCCGGACUGGGUCAUCAAGGAGUCCGGAAUUCUCGUGCUGGGAGCCAUUGCUGAGGGCUGCAUGCAGGGCAUGGUUCCGUACCUGCCUGAGCUGAUCCCUCACCUGAUCCAGUGUCUGUGUGAUAAGAAGGCUCUGGUUCGCUCCAUCGCCUGCUGGACGCUGAGCCGCUACGCCCACUGGGUGGUGAGCCAGCCGCCCGACGCCCACCUCAAACCCCUCAUGACUGAGCUGCUCAAGCGCAUCCUGGACGGCAACAAGAGAGUACAGGAGGCUGCGUGCAGUGCGUUCGCGACCCUUGAGGAGGAGGCCUGCACCGAGCUCGUCCCCUACCUCAGCUUCAUCUUGGACACACUCGUUUUCGCCUUUGGAAAAUACCAGCACAAGAACCUGCUCAUCCUGUACGACGCCAUCGGGACCCUCGCUGACUCUGUGGGACAUCACCUCAACCAACCGGAGUACAUCCAGAAGCUGAUGCCUCCUCUGAUACAGAAAUGGAACGAGCUGAAGGACGAGGAUAAAGACCUGUUCCCCCUGCUGGAGUGUUUGUCAUCGGUGGCGACGGCGCUGCAGAGCGGCUUCCUGCCUUACUGUGAGCCUGUGUAUCAGCGCUGUGUCACAUUGGUGCAGAAAACACUCGCUCAGGCUAUGAUGUACAGCCAGCAGCCGGAUCAGUACGAGGCUCCUGAUAAGGACUUCAUGAUCGUGGCUCUGGAUCUGCUCAGCGGAUUGGCCGAGGGUCUCGGGGGUCACGUGGAUCAGCUGGUCGCCCGUAGCAACAUCAUGACCCUCCUCUUUCAGUGCAUGCAGGACACGAUGCCGGAGGUGAGGCAGAGUUCAUUUGCGUUGCUGGGUGAUCUGACCAAAGCCUGCUUUCCUCAUGUCAAACCCUGCAUUGCUGAGUUCAUGCCGAUCUUGGGGACGAACCUGAACCCUGAGUUUAUCUCCGUGUGUAAUAACGCCACCUGGGCCAUCGGGGAGAUCUGCAUGCAGAUGGGGGUGGAGAUGCAACCGUAUGUGGCUCUGGUUCUUCCUCACCUGGUGGAGAUCAUUAAUAGACCCAACACACCCAAAACAUUGCUGGAGAACACUGCUAUCACCAUUGGUCGGCUCGGUUACGUGUGUCCACAGGAAGUGGCGCCGAUGCUGCAGCAGUUCAUUCGGCCCUGGUGCACGUCGCUGAGGAACAUCCGCGAUAACGAGGAGAAAGACUCCGCCUUCAGGGGCAUCUGUGUGAUGAUUGGUGUAAAUCCUGGAGGUGUGGUGCAGGAUUUUAUCUUCUUCUGUGAUGCCGUGGCCUCUUGGGUCAGUCCCAAAGACGACCUCAGAGAAAUGUUCUACAAGAUCCUGCACGGUUUUAAGGACCAGGUCGGGGAGGAGAACUGGCAGCAGUUCUCGGAGCAGUUCCCUCCCAUCCUGAAGGAGCGUCUCUCCGCCUGCUACGGCGUGUAGACCCCGCCCUGCACACGCACAGCACGACCCCGCGCUGUCAGUUGGAUCUUUAGGAGGGUUACCGGGGGGAAACUCAUCCAUCUGUGUAUUGCACUGCCCUGAUCGUGGGGGAGAGGGACGCGACUGGCCGCUCCGCCUGACGGACAGCCCCCACGACCCUGUGUGUGUCUCCAUGAGGGUGGGUGGGAGGGAAUAUUGGGAGGGGGGAGGGGAUCUCCUCUAGUUAACUACAGAAUGCACCCAAUCGCAGGGGGGGUUAGACCUUAACACAGAACGAAUAGGGUAAAAACCAAGCGAGAGAGCGGGAGGGAGGUGGAACGUUUAAACGAGUAAGUAAACAAACAAAUAAAUAAAUAAAUAAAUAAAGGGAGGCAAACCGAUUGUGUUAAUAAGACGAGGGGAGGCGCCAGACAGCAAACUGAAUUAAUAUUAUUAUUAUUAUUAUUUGUUUUUUUUUCCAGGUUAUGACAAAUCCAAUAGGGGGAAAACACACGAGCAGGAUGGUUUAAUCAAGCUUUCACGCAGACGCUAGCGUUUUAGAGUAAAAAAAAAAAAAAUGUUUAAAAAAAUAAUAAUAAAUAAGUAAAUAGAACAAUGCACAAUUUCUUUUGGUUUAAUUCUGUGUCCCCGUCGUGUUUGGUUUCCCUGACCGAUGGAUCGUACUCGCCGCUUCUUUCGUCUUCAGCUUUCUGCGUCGCCUCGUUUUUGUGCGUCGAAACGUGUUAAUGUUUUGUUUUUUGUUUUUUUUUCUUCUUGAACUUUUCUUCUGAAAGUCCACACAGGCCGUGCACUGACCAGAUCUUAUUUCUUAUUUACUGUUAUUGUUGUUAAUAUUGCGCAUUUCUUUUUCCCCCUUCCUGUUCCUGUAUGAUCACGACGUUCCUCCAGACAUCAAGCAGAACAUCUGACCACGAAAAAACGUCCACCUAACACUUUAUUUAAAAAAAAAUAAUUUGCUCUCUCAGACGCUUUUUGUUUGUUUUUUUUGCUUCCCCAUGAUGUCUAGACGACGUGCGACAGAACCGACCCGAUUUCAUCGAAUCUAAUCUGCGGGUAAUGUUUUUUAACGUCGCUCAUUACGGGAACUUUAUAGCCCCGCCCCUUUUUUAUGUUACCGCUAUACGCUUUCGGCAUUUGUAAGAAUCGUUUACCCUUCCCACGUAACUACUGUGUAGUUUAACACGGUUGCUGGAAUCUGUAAAUAUUGGCGCCCUCCCCACGCCUUUAUGCAGUACUACUAUCAUUUAGGAUAACUAACUAACUAACUAACUAAUAGACGUGCGAGUAUCCAUCAGUUUCAGGACCGUGAUAGAGGUGAUGAAUGUUAGGUUGUUUUAUUUUUUUUUAUUAUCAUUUCAUUUCCAUGCUGUUGUCUUGGAUUUCACGGUUCGAUCCGUGCAACCCUAGAACCUCGUGAUCUGGAGGAAACGGGAUGGGAAAAAUAAAUACCACCUGGCCCCUGUGGACUCGCGCCGAGACGUGCUGUGCUGUCGCCGCUGCUCAGUCGCUCGCUGUUCCUCGCGCUCGUCGUUUUCGUUUUGUGAAACACAUCGCCGUUUAGACGAAAAAAUCCAAUUUAUGUAUCGAAUGAAAUGAUUUGCCGUAAUGAUCAUGACUUGUUUGUGUAGCUGUUUGUGUGUGUGUGCACGCGCGCCUGUCUUUUGGACUUUGGAUGGCUGUAAGCGUAAAUUUAUUUUGUUUUGGUCACCGUGUGUGUGUGUUUGUGUGAGAGAGAGUGUGUGUGUGGCAUUAAUAAUGUUUAAUGUUUUAAGGUACGCUAUUACACUUGAUUCCUGGACCCCUAUUGACCUGUAAACUGUGACCUGUGUGUGUGUGUGUGUGUGUGUGUGUGUGUGUGUGUGUGUGUGUGUGUGUGUGUGUGUGUGUUUGGAGUGUAUGGGCAGAGUCCGCUUGCUUACAACACUGUGUGUUUGUGUGUGCGCAUGUGUGUGUGAGUGUACCCGAGAGAAAGUAUUUGUACUGAUGACUCUUGAUGCCAUAUUGAUAUUUGAUAUGUAGUGAGUUAAUCCUCAUGCAGCACCACAACCUAUCAAAUAUACUUCUACAAGACGAGUUUUUUUAUUAUUAUUUUUGUUUUGCUGCUACUGCUGUUUUUUUUAAUUAUUAUUUUGUUUUGUAAUUUAUGAACUUCGUAUAAAUAAUUAAAAAUCAUAUCCUUAAACAUAUCCAUGAUAAGAAAUAAAGAUAAACACAUUUUACACCACAAUGAUCUUGUUAUGCACUUUCCUCCCCCCUUUUUUAUUUUACACUUUUUUUUGUUAUUCCAUUUUAUUUAUUUUUUUGUAUUAGAAUCUAAUGCCGAUAAAUUUACCGAUUAAAUAAAGCUGGUGGACUCAU